AAACCUAGGGCCCCGUGCAAGUCUUUCCAUUAUAGAAAUCUAACUCAUGAAACGCACGAGAAACAGUUUUGUUAAAUGUAUCUUACACAUUUUAAUUUGAAUUUUUUCAAGGGUUUAUUUAUCAUGAAUAAAAACUUUAAAUUUCUUCAGGGUGAUGGACCAGAGGAGAAUGAACGUCAUUCCUUAUUUAAAUCUUGUUUUAAGUAGUAGAAUUUACCUUGGACAUAACAUUUUUAACACAAUGCAAGUAAGGCGAGUCCUUGGGGAGAGACUGCAUUCGUUUAUUUUAAACACUAUCUUCUGCCUUAGAAAAAAAUAUAUUUGCAGAAGGCACCCGUACAGUCCCUUGGAAGGAAGCAAGUUCAUCCAGCACUGAAAAUAUCCUUGCCUUCUAUAAUAAAGAUGUGAUUUGAGAGAGAAUAGAACCGAUGCUUAGCUGCUAAUGUGAACUAUCUUGGGUAAGUACCUCUAUCUUGCAGUAGUCAGCGCCCCGAGAAAGUUCUUCAGUGGCUCCCCUUCCCCAGUAGGACCGGACGUGGCGCCAGAACCCGGCUCCAGCCAGUUUUCCUGGGGGCAGGUGUAGCCCAGGGCGCUGGACCGGGGGAGGGGAAAGGGGCGGGCUUGGGGUUAACUAGGACUCGAGACUCGGACCACAGGCCGGGCGUGGGCCUAACAACGCCGACCCGGCCCGCCCCCGCCGCUCCAUUGGCCACAGCUGUGCAGAAAAGGGCUCUCGGCCAGGGGGUGCUUGCAGUGUCACUGGGCCGACCGGGGACUUUAGUUAGUGUGCUGGGACUGGCUGGGGACGCAGGUGGCAGCUAGGGGCCCGGAGGCUCUCGCAGCUCUCUAGGUAUCUCUUGCCUCCCUCUCCACCCCGUCCUCCCCAAUCCCGGGUCGGGGGAGGUGGCGUGUCCUGCGGAGGGUAGCGGGGCGCGGGGCAGGGCUGGAGCGCCAUGAGCAGUCCGGAUGCGGGGUACGCCAGUGACGACCAGAGCCAGCCCCGGAACGCGCUGCCAGCGGUGAUGGCCGGGCUGGGCCCUUGUCCCUGGGCCGAGUCGCUGAGCCCCCUCGGGGACAUGAAGGUGAAGGGCGAGGCGGCGGCCAGUACCGGAGCGCCGGCUGGGGCUGCCGGCCGAGCCAAGGGCGAGUCUCGCAUCCGGCGGCCGAUGAACGCCUUCAUGGUGUGGGCUAAGGACGAGCGCAAGCGGCUGGCGCAACAGAACCCGGACCUUCACAACGCUGAGUUGAGCAAGAUGCUAGGCAAGUCGUGGAAGGCGCUGACGCUAGCGGAGAAAAGGCCCUUCGUGGAGGAGGCCGAGCGACUGCGCGUGCAGCACAUGCAAGACCAUCCCAACUACAAGUACCGGCCGCGGCGGCGCAAGCAGGUGAAGCGGCUGAAGCGGGUGGAGGGAGGCUUCCUGCACGGCCUCGCGGAGCCGCAGGGUGCGGCUCUGGGUUCCGAGGGCGGCCGCGUGGCCAUGGACGGCCUGGGCUUGCCCUUCGCAGAGCAGGGCUUCCCGGCUGGCCCGCCACUGCUGCCCCCGCACAUGGGUGGCCACUACCGUGACUGCCAAGGGCUGGGUGCACCAUCGCUGGACGGCUACCCGCUGCCCACGCCCGACACGUCCCCGCUGGAUGGCGUGGAGCCAGACCCGGCCUUCUUCGCUGCACCUCUGCCAGGGGACUGCCCAGCUGCCGGCACCUACAGCUACGCGCAGGUCUCGGACUACACGGUGCCUCCAGAACCGCCUGCUGGCCCCAUGCAUCCCCGGUUGGGUCCAGAGCCCUCUGGCCCUGCAAUGCCAGGCCUCCUGGCGCCCCCCAGCGCCCUUCAUAUGUACUACGGCGCAAUGGGCUCACCCGCGGCGGGAGGCGCGCGCGGUUUCCACAUGCAGCCACCGCAGCAGCAGCAGCCGCCGCCGCAACAGCAUCCCCCGCCGGGCCCCGGGCAGCCUUCACCUCCUCCGGAGGCUCUGUCCUGCCGGGAUGGCACGGACCCCAACCAGCCCACCGAGCUCCUUGGGGAGGUGGACCGCACGGAAUUUGAACAGUAUCUGCACUUCGUGUGCAAACCCGAAAUGGGUCUCCCCUACCAGGGACAUGACGCCAGUGUGAAUCUCCCGGACAGCCACGGGGCCAUUUCCUCCGUGGUGUCCGAUGCCAGCUCAGCGGUUUAUUACUGCAACUAUCCUGACGUUUGACAGGUCCUGAAUCCGCCCCAGCCUGCAGGGCAGAAGCACAGUGUUACACUCUUUCUGGAAAAAAGCUAAGGAAAUCCUUAGCCUCACGUCGUUUUGUUUUGUUUUUAAGUUGCCUUGGCAUAUAAUUUAUGGUAAUUUAUUUUCUUUGCCACUUGACCAGUUGUGGGUAUGUGAAGUAUUGUUUAAAAUUUAUUCAGGGCCUCCCCCCCCCCAUAGCAUUGUCAAAAUCCCCUUUCCAAUUUCAGUUUAACCUGUCCCGAAUGGGUCCCACAACAAUUUGCUCCGUUUCUUGAAAGUUUAUUGAUUGAAGAAAUUUUGCCCGAUGUGUUUUUAAUCUUUUAAAAAAUAAAAUCUGCUUUUUCACUCUA